AUGUCUAAUUUCACCAGGUCCAAAUGGUCUCUGCAGUUCUUAGUUUUUCUGUGGAGCUUCAGCUACCCAAAUUUGCUUGUAGCCUGGCCGGGGAAGGGCCGAAGCCUACCCAAAGACCAGAUGGAUCCUAACGUAAGGGACUGGGGAGACUAUUCAGACCUCCUACCACUGGGUCCUGGCUUGGAGUUGGACCAAGACAGAGGACAAGCAGGAAACAAGGGAGAAGAAGAGCCAUCAUCCAGCCUGUCUCCAGAGCUGGAUUUCCUGGCUGACUUUGCAGGUAAGAAACGCUUGUGGGUGAUAACAGCCCCUUCUCACAGUGAUCACUACCUCCGUAUGAUGGAAAAACAGCUGCAAGACAUGGAGCAGGAGGGGUUGAACUGCCGUCUAGCAGAAAGGGACACCUUCAUCAUCGUCAUCAUCCAAAAUGCCAUGAUGGAAGGCAGAAUCCAGAAAACGACCUUCCAAGGAGAGGCCACAGUCGAGAGCCUGGACCCUGACACUGUCUCCAAACUGCUUCACUACCUAGAACUGAACAACCAGGACCAGGCAUUUGCUAUGCUGGUACUAAAGAAGAACCUGCGGGUCAGCGAGCGGUUCCCUUACCCAGUCCGGGUUGAGGCGAUUUUGGAACUCAUUGAUCAGCUUCCCAUGAGGAAACUGGAGAAGAUCACCAGAAAAGGCAACCCAUUGAGGUGUAAUGUCACCAAAAAGAGGGUGGUGAAAAAGAAAAAGAUGAAGAAGAAGAUGGUGCUCAGCUCUCAGAGGCUGGGGAAUGUAACCUCUGUGGUGGCAUUACGCAGAAAACCCGCCGUGAACAAAAAAAACGCUCUGAGGAAUAAAAUCCAGGAUAUUCUGAAUGGGCGAUCCAGGUUUGUCAUCCGUAAGGUGCCUGCGGUCGGAUCUACAAUGGGAAAGGACUCGAGCAGAAGCAGAGCAGCCUCCAACUCACAGGAGAAACAGACGACACACGGUCCUCUAGUUAAAGUGAAGGGCAAUGAAGAGGGGAAGACUAACAGGCAUGACUCCACUGUGGAAGCGGGAAAGAAAAAACAUGGAGUAAAAGACAGCGAGGCCGAGAAAGAGCACAACACAAAGGAUGAAUCACGGGACAAAAACACCUCAAAGAAGAAGGGCAAAGGGAAGAAAGGGAAGAAAGGGAAAGGGAGAGGGAAAAAGUCCAACAGGGAGACAAAUGAAAAGGAUAAAACAGCCCUCAAUGAGUUUUUGGAGGCUCUAAAGGGGACAAGAAGGCUGAUGGUGAUCUCAACUCCCAGUAGCGAUGCAACGCUGUACGUCCAGCAGAGAGAGGAAAACCAGAAGCAGCAAUGUAACCUUGCUGUCAGGAAGGUCACCGUGGCAACCAUUGUGGGUGAAGGAAAUGAUGCUACGCUCAGCCUGCACCACUUCCAGCUGGACGCUGAGCCUCCAUUCAGUGGCCUCCCAGAGGAGUUGUCAGACACAGAGCUGAUCUCUCUGCUGAGAGAAGACCUCGGCCUGUCGUCUCCUGACCUUUUCUCCAUGACCGUCACAGACUAUGACAUCAAAGCCAGUAGAGUGUUUGAGGCUCCUCCCUCAACCCCUGCUCUGUUUGAGUACAUUGACAGUUUCCCCUCACGGAGGUCCGAAAAGGAGAAUGAAAGAAAGAGUCCUGUGGUCUGCUCCAAAGACCAGCAACCGUCUGGAGCUGACAAUUCACUGCUCAGGUUCAUGUCUAAGAGGAGACUGCUGCUCAUCUCCGCUCCCUCUGAGGAUGACUACUCUUUCCAACAGCAGCUCUCUGCUUUCAAUGGACAGGAGUGUCAUAUGGGCAUACGUCAUUUUGCCAUGUUGAAGCUGAUUGGAGCUGGAGCCACAGCCUUGGGAAGCGUUGAGCUGUUUCCCCUCAAUGGUCGUAGCCAGAGUGAGAUUGAGCCCUUGUCUCGCGACACAGUUAACAACCUAAGGGAGCAACUGAAGAUAAGUAAAGACUACUUCAGUAUGCUCGUUGUAGGCAAGGACGGUGAUGUCAAGGCAUGGUUCCCGUCACCCAUGUGGUCCUUAGAUAACAUCUAUGACCUGGUGGACUCCAUGGAGCUACGGGUCCAGGAGGAAAAGCUACAGAGGAGCCUGGGGAUCCACUGCCCUGAGGACAGGGGAGGAGCAGGUGGUGAGGGAGGUCGCUAUGGCUAUGAUGAAGGCGGAGCUGAGGAGAGCUACCUGUAUCACCACACAGACGACUGAUGAGGAACAAAGAAGAAAAGUCUUUAUGGAAGAUUGAGACAAAAUGGCAAAUAUAUGAACAUUUUAAUAGAAUGGAUUACACAUAAGAUACCUAAUAAAACCAGAAAUGAUUAGAUGUUCUUGUGGUAGAAAUAGCUGGUUUAGGAUGAUAACCUCAAGGAUCAAUCCUCUGGACUUAAACCGAUGUUGAUGUAGAUAUUGGAUAUGAGAAUUGACAUGAUUGAUAUGCUGGUUGUUUCGUGUUAACACAAGUUUAAAUUUUCAAAAGUGGAGCCA